GAGCAGGAGGUGGGGAGAAGGCCAGUCAGCUGACUGAGCCUCGUGGUUCGUGGCUCAGUCGAAAAGUCGUCGCGAACGUUGCCGUUGACGUCCCCGACUUCUCCGUCGGAGCUCAUUUGGCUGGCUGCCUGGGAUCAGCCUCAACACGUGUGCCCCCGCGGGCUUCAGGAUGUCAGAGCUCGACGGCUACUACGAAGCGGUGUUGGAGCUCGUCAAGCAAGGCGGUAACCUCAUUAGAGAAAAUAUUUCUAGACAAAAAACGGUUUUAAUCAAAUCUUGCGAUGUUGAUUUGGUUACUGAAACGGAUCAGAUGGUUGAGAAGCUAUUGAUUAAUGGGAUUUCGGCUAAAUUUCCAAAUCACAAAUUUAUCGGGGAGGAAAACACUGCGGAAUCGAAUCAUCGAGUGGAAUUGACGGAUGCGCCGACAUGGAUUAUCGAUCCAGUCGACGGCACUAUGAACUUCGUUCACGCCAUGCCUCACACUUGUAUAUCAAUUGCUCUGUACAUUAAUAAGCGCCCGGAAAUCGGUAUCGUCUACAAUCCCGUAUUGGAACAGUUUUUCUCGGCGCGCCGAGGUGAAGGCGCAUUUUACAAUGGAGCGCAAAUUCGUGUUUCCGGUGAAAAAGAUUUAAAUAAGGCAUUGGUGAUGAUGGAGUUGGGAACCAGCAGAGACUCGCAAAAAAUGAAGAUUGUAAUGGAAAAUCUCAAAACGCUAACGCCUCUCGUACAUGGGACACGAGCUCUCGGAUCUUGUGCACUGAAUAUGUGUAUGGUGGCAAUGGGAGCUGCUGAUCUUAUGCAUGAAUUCAGUAUCCACAUAUGGGACAUUGCAGCAGGAGAUCUCAUAGUAAGAGAAGCAGGAGGAGUCUGUAUCGAUCCAGCCGGUGGCGAUUUAGAUCCACUGAGUCGAAGAGUUUUGUGCGCCUCGUCACCUGAACUUGCCCAGCAAGUAACUAAAAUUCUCGUUCAGUAUUAUCCAGAUAGAGAUUAAUUUUGAAUUCAUAGGUACAAAAAUUAAAAGAACAUUCUAUGAUAUUGCAAAGCAUUCCAUGAAACAGAAUGAUAUUUCGCUACGAAAGAUUGAUGAAUAAUUCUUCAAUUGCAGAAAUACAUCGAGCAUUUUAUCGCUCUAACAAAGAAUGAAAAUUUUUGAAGGUCCAUACUAUUUAAGUAAAAAUCAAUUUAUUUUUAU